AGCAGAGCAUCUUGCUUUCUUGUCUCACCCGAUGAAUACUUAGUUGAUAAACAGGGCUUGAGCGUUGAAGUUUUAUUUUUAAUGGUAGAAUAUGGGUGGUUACGGUAGCGUUCGUCGAAGUUGCAUUGAACGUUUAAAUGUGUGAGACUGGUCGUGGAAAUUACAAUGUGGCUUAACUAACUCUCAGUUAGGACUGAGAAGAACAAGCUGCACGUGCCUGUCCUCGUCUCAACUAGACCAUGGGGUCAUUCCGAAAGCCCAGGCCCCGUUUCAUGAGCUCGCCUGUGCUGUCCGACCUCGCCCGCUUUCAUGCCAGCUCGCCCGCACUGCAGCUGUCCAACGCCAGUGUUUGGAACAGUGUUCAAACAGCUGUAAUUAAAGUCUUCCAAGGUGGGGGGCUACAGUCCAAUGAGCUCUACACCCUGAAUGAAAGCAUUAGGUGGCUUUUGAGGACCGAGCUGGGAUCAUUUAUCACUGAAUACUUUCAGGAUCAGCUCUUGAAUAAGGGUCUGACGUAUAUUUUGGAGAAGAUUCAGCUUCACAACGAUGAAACUCGUCUCCGAGCGCUGUCUGAGAUGUGGGUGAGGUUUUUCACAGACAUCCUGCCAACUCUUCAAGCUAUUUUCUACCCCGUGCAGGGUCAGGAGUUGACUGUGAGGCAGAUGGCUCUGCUAGGCUUCAGGAACAUGGUUCUGUUGAAGCUUCCUGUGGACGACAUGCUUCAGGGCUCCUCAUAUCCUCCUCCAAUCACACAGAUGCUGCUGAUCCUGCAGGGCAUUCAUGAACCUAAUGGACCUACGCAAGAGUAUUUCCGGCUCGAGAGGCUAGUGGACAUGGUUAUAUCUCCCUACCUGAGUAACUACCUCUACAUGAACCCAAGCGAUUCCUCUUCAGAGGACCAUCUGGAAGGCCUGAGGUUAGUUCCCACUCCACACCUCAGUCAACCUGAGAUUAUGGUGACACAUUGUGCCCACGAGUCUUUCCUGGCACCUCUAAUCGAACACGAGGGUGAAGCCUACUUGGAAAGGACCGGUGGUGGCCGACGACACACAGUCGCCAAUGUGCAUUCAGACAUCCAGCUCCUGUCCAUGAAAAACAGGAUGUGUUCAGGAAAAGUGGAGGUCAGUGACAAGAGACCAAGAAAAGAGACCAAAAGGACAGCUAAGACUUUCUGCAGUGAACCGGCCUUUUUUGACUCACGGCCAGGUGGUGUGGAAAUCCUUAGAGGGAAAAGCACUGCAGAGAUGAAGUGUGGCCUAACUGGUUAAAAAAGCCUCUCUCUCACGAUCUCAAAACACCCACUGAGAUCUUGUAUAGCUACAAUAACUGAGACAAGCUAGAACGUGUACUCUUAAUACAAUAUGGACUCUUCUGCUGUGAAAAUGUGAGCUGUGUUGUGUGCUAAAUACUGUUUGGCCUGUCAGUGUAGCCUGUUUUUAAGAGCUUGGAGGGUGGAGGUUGGCUGAAGAUGCUUUCGCUUCAGCCGUUUCUUGUAAAGUACACCGAACGUCACACUUCUUUCUGUCGUGGAGGUGGUAAAGCGGUGUGAAAGUAUGCUGGUGAGCAAACAGUUUACAAAGGUACAGCCGAAAGCAUACUGAGACAAACUAACGACACUUCCUUACAAUUAACGUCUUUAUCUUAAGCGGUCUUACCGUUUCAUUUCUAUGUAGUGGAAACUAAACAUGCUGACAUGAGGAAAAAGAAGAUUUUUAGUCUUUUUUGAAUGCUUUUUUUUAUUUUAUGAAAUGUUAAUAUUUAAAAACAUUUAAUUUAAAAAUAAUUAAAAAGGAAAAUUCAAUGUGUGUGUGUAAAAUAAUGUGUAUUUUUGUAGUAAUGCAUUUUUUGGAGAAAGUGUUUUUGAAAUCAUUCUUGAUUCUUCCUUCGGCUCUGGGCUGUACGUCUAAGGUUUGAGUCGAUGUCUUUAGAGGUCCAUGUGAGCAUUUCUUUGCGGCUCUGGCAUACAGUUUAGAGUUCCUUGAGCAGAUUAGCUGUUAAGGAGCUUUAGAUGCUGUUUUCAACGUCAACAUCACCUCAGAAAGCCUUUGUGGCGGUGUUUCAGAUUGUGAGCUGCCAAAGAGCUUAGUUGCAAGUGUACUAAUCAAGGACUUUUGACCUUGGUUAUGUGUUCAUCAAAGACCAUGUUUUGUUUGCUUUUUGGGAUUUUAUUUUGUUAUUUUAGCUGGGUUGAAUGCAUAAUGUGAAUAUUUAAAAACAUCAUUUUUAAUUGAAUUUGGAGUGAAAAUGUGCUUAA